AUGAUCUAUUCAACAUCAGUUCGAAGUACCCAUUAUACUCCAGCAGUUGCCCAAGCACUGUUCGGUGCUGCACGACUGAUUCGUAGUACAACACGAAUUUAUCGUUCAGCAUCUGUUGACGAACAGCGACCCGGACAACCGUCGUCGGCAACUGCUAUCUCGCUGAAAAAGCGAUUUUCAUUCAGUGGACAUAAGUUUUCUCACGGUAGUUCGACUGUUGCUCCAACAACCUGUAGGUUGUUUUAA